AUGUAUCCCCGCGUGCUUGGCCUCCACUGGGUACUGCCCAGAGUACACCAGACUCAAACUGCAGCCCAGAGCGGAUCCGGGACAGGCUGCCUCAGUGAGACACAAGGAGUGACUCAGGAAGAACUUAGGCAGAGAGAAGCAAGCUCCCAGGAGACCAUCCACCCAGACAAGUUCAGCAAUGCCAAGCGCUCCUGGAAGCCCACAGUGCUGGGUAGGAUUCAAAACAAAAUGCGGGCCCGGGCCACGGCCGCAACACCAAAGAAACCAAAGCGUCUCCUCCUUGCUGCUCUCGGGCUUAAUGGUAAGCAGAGGAAGGCCACCAGCCAGCAGCCUGCUUUCACAGUUCAAAGGGAUGAGCCAGAUGUUGAGAGUGAGAAGGAACUUCUUAGCCCUAAAAAGGUGCAAUACGAGGACAAUAUAUUGGAUUCCAAUUCAGCUGUUUCACCACCAGAGACAAGAAAACCUUUGGUGCCCUGUCAUCAAACAAAGGAUGAUAGUUCUGAAGCCUCUCUUCCUCGGGACACGUCCAUGAAACUGGAAGCCCAAGAAAUGGUAUCAAAUAUCAUUGAAGUCUCUGACUAUGCAGAAGACAUCUAUCUUUACCUCAGGGAAAUGGAGCUUAAACGUAAACUGAAUGUGGAUUUCAUGAAGAAUCAGCCAGAUGGCACUGACAGAAUAAGGGUUUUCUUAGUGAGCUGGCUAGUGUCCCUAGCGGAAUUCCACCAGCUCCAGGAUGAGACUCUGCACUUGGCCGUGAACUAUAUAGAUAGGUACCUCUCCUUAGAAUCAGUGUCUUUUGGGGAGCUGUCCCUGAUUGGCAUUGCUGCCUUGCUGGUUGCCUCCAAGUUUGAAGAAGUCUUCCCACUCAGGGUAGGAGGGCUUGUUAACCUCCUAGCUGGCCAAUUCUCUAAAAAGGAGAUCAUAAGAAUGGAGCACAGGCUGUUGGAAGUGCUGACUUUUGACCUUUCAGCACCAACAAUCAAUCAUUUCCUCACUCAGUAUUUUCUUCAUCAAGAGCAGCCCAAUUCUGAAGUGGAAAACUUAGCCAUGUUUCUGGGAGAGUUAAGUUUAAUCGAUACUGACACCUAUCUGAAAUAUCUCCCAUCAGUUAUUGCAGGAGCUGCAUUUCAUCUAGCUCUCUACACAAUCACUGGCAAGAGCUGGCCUGAGUCACUGGUCAAAAAAACGGGAUACACCUUGCAAAGUCUUAAGCCAUGUCUCCUGGACCUUCAUCAGACCUACCUCAGAGCACCAGAGCAAGAUCUACAGAUUAUACAACAAAAAUACGAAAUGGCAGUGCACUGCUCAGUAUCACUCAUCAAACCUCCAGAGACAUUAAACUUAGAGUGA